AUGCCGAAGAGAAGAGAUAUUCUUGCCAUUGUGUUGAUCGUGUUACCCUGGACUUUGCUCAUCACUGUGUGGCACCAGAACGCAAUAGCACCGCUACUGGCCAUCCGCAAGGCCUGUCACCACCUAGUAAAAGAGAUCUUUAUCAUACCAGAGAGGCUUGCAGUACGCCACCACCGGCUCUCAGAUGACGGCGCUGAUGGCAAGAGGGACGCCGCAGGACUGGGGCAAGACUCCAAGGAAUAUUGUGCCUCGGAUAAGGACAUAGUAGAGGUGGUGCGGACAGAAUACGUUUACACAAGACCUCCUCCAUGGUCCGAUGUGCUGCCUACUAUCCACAUCAUCACUCCCACGUACAGCCGACCGGUGCAAAAGGCGGAGCUAACGCGGCUGGCGAACACUUUCCUCCAUGUUCCCAACCUGCACUGGAUCCUGGUGGAGGAUUCCCAGAGGAGGACGGCCCUGGUCACGAGACUCCUGCGGGAGACGGGCUUGAACUACACUCAUCUCAAUGUGGAGACACCCAGGAACUAUAAGCUGCGGGGCGACACGCGAGACCCCAGAAUCCCACGAGGCACCAUGCAGAGGAACCUGGCGCUGCGCUGGUUGAGGGAGACGUUCAAUGCAAACAGCAGCCAGGUGGGGAUCGUGUACUUUGCUGAUGACGACAAUACUUACAGUCUGGAGCUGUUUGAAGAGAUGAGAUCCACUCGUAAAGUGUCCGUGUGGCCUGUGGCCUUCGUGGGCGGUCUGCGGUACGAGUCUCCCAAAGUAAACGCUGCGGGGAAAGUGUACGGCUGGAAGACCGUGUUCGACCCUCACCGACCUUUUGCCAUCGACAUGGCCGGCUUCGCCAUCAACCUGCGCCUCAUCCUGUUCAAGCCUCAGGCCUACUUCAAACUGAGGGGUGUGAAGGGGGGAUACCAGGAGAGCAGCCUGCUGCGCGAGCUCGUCACUCUCAACGACCUGGAGCCCAAAGCCGCCAACUGCACUAAGAUCCUGGUUUGGCACACGCGCACAGAAAAGCCUGUCCUCGUAAACGAAGGGAAGAAAGGAUUCACAGACCCCAAUGUAGAGAUAUGA